AUGGAUCCUGGAGUUUUACAGGAUGAAUUAACAUGUAGUAUGUGUCUCCGGGUGUACCAGGACCCUGUGACAUUACCCUGUCAGCAUAGUUUCUGUUUGAACUGUAUUGAGAGAGCGUGGGCCCAGACAGCAGGGCCAAAAAAUUUUGAGUGUCCUCAGUGUCACCGGAAAUUCAAGCACAAACCUACUUUGGAGAGAAAUGCCACACUGUAUAGUAUAGUGGCAGUAUACAACCAGGAAAGUUCCCCUGCUCAUCCACCCAAUAUAUUUUGUGAUAACUGUGAUGAUAAACCAUUCCAAGCUGUGAAAACAUGCCUUACUUGUUUUGCUUCCUUUUGCUUCCUUCAUUUAAAACCACAUUUGCGGAACAAGGCCUACCAAGAUCACAUACUCAUUGCACCUGGGACUAAAGACGUUACAAUGAGACAAUGUAAUGAACAUAAGAAGAUCCUAGAGUUUUACUGUGAAGAUGAAGGUCUGUGCAUAUGUGUUUCCUGUACAAUAAUAGGGAAACAUAAAUCCCACACACUGCUGAGCCUGGAUCAGGCACAAGCAACAAUUAAGGUAGAAUUGGAAGCAGAAAUUGAGAAGCUACAGGCAGAACAGGAAAUUUAUUCCAGAAAACAGCGAGAUUUGGAGACUUCAGAGAUUGACACUAAGACACAGAUCAAUGACCUGAAAGAAAAUCUACUGAAGAGCUUCUCUGAAUGGAGAAGAAAGCUGGAAGAAGAUGAAGCAUCUACCAUGUCACUGAUUGAUGAGGAGGGUCAACAAGCUCUCUCACGGAUUAGAAGCUGUUGUGAAACAUUAAAGAAGAGGACAGAACUGUUAAAAUUAAUAGAUAGGGAAACCCAGAAUCUGGUACGAAGGGACCAUCUCUCCUUUAUUCAGAACUCAAAGCAACUCAUUUCCAGAGUGACUGACACUCGGAGAAUCACAAAACUAAAUGUUACAGAACUAACUCUGAACCUGCCCAGUAUUUCUCAAUUUAUCCAGGAGAGGCUGAAUGGAUGGGAAAAGUACCAGUCAGACAUUUUGCGAAUUGUUGAUUCCACCGAAUACGUGAAACCAUCAAAUGUAACCGACUUCACAUACAGACCCUCUGAAGAAAAUCCUGUCCCUGAGGAUCUCCCCCAGCCAUCAUUUGAAAUCAUCAAGAAAGCAGAAACAUCCCAAGAUUCCACUGAAUACAUGAAACCAUCAAAUGUAACCGACUUCACAUACAGAUCCUCUGAGGAAUCUCCUGUCCCUGAGAAACUCCCCCAGCCAUCAUUCGAAAUCAGCAAGAAAGCAGAAAUAUCCCAAGAUUCCACCAAAUAUGGAGAGACAUUGAACGCAACUCGCCCCCUAGAGGGUUCUUCCGGAGCAGUCUCUGUUGUGGAAAAUGUCUUCCAGCUACCAACUGAUAUCAACAGAAGAGCAGGAUCAUCCCAAGGGAAAAGCUCAUUAACCCUGGAUCCAAUGACAGCAAACUACAACUUGGUUCUGUCUGAUGAUCUGAGAUCAGUAACAUGGACGAAAACUGAACAGCCCUACCCAUAUCACCCAGACAGGUUUAAAGAUUGUCCUCAAAUCCUCUGCUCCCAGAGCUUCUCCUCAGGAUCCCAUUCCUGGGAUGUGGAGGCUGAUGGGGAUUAUUGGAGAAUAGGGAUUGUGUAUGAGAGCAUAGAGAGAGAGGGGAAAAUGUCUUAUCUUGGAAACAGCUAUAAAUCCUGGAGUUUGAAUUUUAUUGCUGGUUAUGUCACAGCCCGGCAUAACUCUCAGUUCAUAGUUCUUCCAUUGCUUCCAUCUGCAAACAGGAUCCGAGUUCAUUUAGACUAUGAGGCUGGGACUUUGUCAUUUUUCCAGGUCACUGACUCACUGAAACAUUUAUACACCUUUCAAUCCACAUUCACUGAACCUGUGUUUCCAGCAUUUUAUAGUUGGGACAAAUCCCUAAAAUUGUUAACUCAUUCUGACGUUUGA